GAUAUUUAAAGCAAAAAACGUGCAGGUGAAACUAAUGUCGAAUAUUUAUUUUUAUAAGUAAUUUUGAAACUAAUGUAUCAUGAACACACAAUCUAUUAUCAAAAAUAUUAAUGAAUAUAACUGUAACGAUAAAGAGCUUUAUUUAUGGACAACGCCAGUUUUCUGGGUAGCUGCGUAGCCUACAUGACACGCGUGCGUCUUUUUUGGCGGGAUUAUUUUUCGCGGGAAAUAAUUUGCGAUACGGAACAGUGUAUCUGAUCGUGCAGCACUGCAUUGCUGCACAGAUAACAAGGACGUCCUGCAUGUAAUUUUGUCCCGCCGGUGCCAUAAUAAUUCAUUCCGCGAGAAACGCAAUGAGCAAGUGUGACUCAGCUUCCAGCCCAGCAGCUGGGACUGAUGGAGUUAGAGGUCCUGAGAAACCUCCUGGUCUCGGUGACCAUCUUCCUUGCAACAUAGAGAAUAAAAACGGAAUCACCAUUUCACCUACUUACAAUCGCUGUGUUUUUGGAGGUUAUGUUUCCAACACCAUGAACACCACCUUCAACACUGGUGGACCAGAGCCAGCUUCUCCCUCUACAGGUGUAGGGUUAGGGAUGAACAGAGGACAGGCUGCAAGCAAACAUUCGGCGCACACUGGUGUUGGAGAUGCUGAUGACGGUGACAGCAGCACGAGAAAGCGAAGAAGAGUGGACCCUGAUACCCUAGGAGCUAAAGAUGUGGCCUCCACAGAACCAGGCCAGGACAGCAGACAGGUGGCGCCAGAGGACGGUAACGUGAAUCAGAAGUCCGUGAGAUUCGGCAGUUUUGAACAGCAUGGAUCAUCUCUGAGUGAACAAAAUGAGAAGACUCCAGACAAUCCUAUUCCGCCUCCAUGUCCAUGCAUAGAGAAAAGGGCACUGCCCUCCAGCACAAUUCCACAUUUUAAGCCUGCAAAGGCCUUGAAGUUUGACAUCCCAAAAGAAAAUCUACAAAUCAGCGAUGAAAUGGAAGAUCCGAUAGUGGGUGUGGCCAUGAGAAUAGUGGAAGACCGACACAGAGUCCGUGGAACGACAGAGAGAGGAAAGAAUGGCGAUGUGGUCAGCCCUGGGACCGCAGGGAGUGGGUCAGGGCAGAUUCGCGAUUGCCGCGGCUUGGUGCCUGAGGUGGAUGAUCCAGUGGAAAGGGUUGUGGGUGAGGUGAUUGCGGCAGAUGUAAAAAUGGUCUUUGUCUGCCCUGAGAAGCAUGAGAUUCACCGUGUAAACGAAGAUCCAGUGAAAGUGAAAUGCAAUGAAUGUGACAUCCACUACAAAAAAACAAAAAUGACCGUCCUCCUGGAGGGAACCAUUAUGAUUGAACGUGACCAUGGAAAGAAGUUCAAACUAAAUGACAGAAUUCUUAGGUCAUUCAUAGAUUGUGACUCUGUAGGAAUAAAUUCUAUUACCGAUCAACUACUUUAUUCAAAAACUGUCAGCUUGACAGUUAAGAAUAACGAGGUACUGCAUGCUGUGAGGGUGGGUGAUAUGGCCUAAAAUUCAUAUCACAAUAUGAAGUCCAUCCAUCCAUCCAUCCAUUAUCUACACCCGCUUAUCCUGGGCAGGGUCGCGCGGGAGCUGGAGCCUAUCCCAGCGUGCAUUGGGCAAGAGGCAGGAAUACACCCUGGACAGGCAGCCAAUCUAUUGCAGGGCACACACACGCUUAUACCUAUGGGCAAUUUAGCCUACCUGCAUGUCUCUGGACUGGGAGGAAACCGGAGUACCUGGAGGAAACCCACGCGGACACAGGGAGAGCGUGCAAACUCCACACAGAAAGGCACAGGCCGAGGUUCGAACCCACGACCCUCUUGCUGUGUGGAAACAGUGCUACCCACUGCACCACCGUGCCAUAUAUCAUGAUGUAAACUUUAAAAAAAUGAAAAUUUGAAUCAUAACUUGGGUUAUAUAAAACCCUAUUGGUGUGGUGGACACCGGACACAAUUAACUGGAACAGCUCAUUCUUAUUUCACAGGGUUCCAGCUGUAUUGCAGUAGUUACACCUCAGGUUUUAACCCCAGCUAAGCACGCUGCAGUUGACCGAGUAGUUUUUUGUUUAUUUUUUUGGGGCUGUGCUUCUUUGAUAAGCACUAAGGGAGCUGAACACAUACCAGCCCGGAUUGGGGUUGCCAGAUUUACAAUUUGAAGUGAAAUUGUGAACAAAGUCUGAUCGGGGAAGCAACGUUGGAACUGGGGGCGGUGGGGGGGGGGGGGUGGGAGUCAUUGACACAACGGUUCACAAGAAAGUAACGGGAAAUUUCCUCCAGCAAUGACUCCACAAACCAGACCUGUAAAAAUUAUUUGAAAAUUUGACAUUCUAGUUGAAAAAAUUGAUUUCUGGCAACCCUGCCCCUGAUACAAUCAGGAAAGUGAGGUCUGUCUGCCAUCUUUCUCUUUCCUUUAACUUUUUUCCUUUUUGUUUGUUCCUAGUUUUUUUUUUUUUUUUUUUGCCUGGAAAGAUCUUUAAUUGGUUUUUAUGGUGUGUCCGUUACUUCUCCGUUGCUGGUCUACGACUUGGUACAACACUCUUCUAAUUCUAAUUCUAUAGAACUGUAUGAACUGUACAGAUGUUUAACGUGAUCGGACAUUAAUAUAUUUCGAUGUAAAUAAAUAUUUUUUUACAACAGUG